UAUCAAUUUCUUCAUUGUAGCAUUUUACUCUAUGCGUUACCAGCACAAUUACAACAAAUAUUUGGGUUCGUUUGGUGAAAUACCCCUGGAUGAUUAAAAGAUGUUGGUAUAAAUACACAUCAACCCCCCGCUUUCACCCGAGUGGUAGCGGUAGGAAGGCACGUACGUACGUAGUCCUUUACAGUCUCAGCCGCAGCCGCCAAUCGACUCGAGGGAGGGUCCAUGUUGACAUAAGAAAGGAGUAUAAUCGUUUGUUUGGAGCGGCACAAUCAUGGACAAGACUGCCGUGGUAAAAGUCGGUGCCGCGGCCAGUGCCAGUGUAUGUGCCCUGUUCGGAGGUGUGGUUCUCGCCCAGUACAUGUUCGCCAAGAAGAAGAGAGCGGGAAAGAAAACAAAGAUCAUCGAGAUGAUGCCAGAGUUUGAGAAGAACACGGUCCACAUGAGGGAUCCAGAGCGGGUGGAGCAGAUCAUCUGUGGCAUGAUCAAGGGCGGUGCCUCCAAACUACAGGUCAUCACUGACUUUGACAUGACGUUAAGCCGGUUCGCAGUCAACGGCCAACGCUGCCCCACGUGUCAUAAUAUCAUUGACAACUGCAAGCUUGUCACCGAAGAUUGUAGGACGAAGUUACUGGAGCUUAAGAACACAUAUUACCCCAUAGAGAUCGACCCCCAUCUAACGAUGGAGGAGAAGUAUCCAUUUAUGGUGGAAUGGUAUUUUAAGUCCCACACAUUACUGGUGGAGCAGAGGCUACAGAAGGAAAAACUCUCAGAGGUGGUGAGAGACUCGGACGCCUGCCUGAGGGAGGGUUAUGAGCCGUUCUUUGACCGGCUCCAGCAGCACAACGUGCCCGUGUUCAUCUUCUCAGCGGGUCUGGGAGACGUCCUGGAGGAGAUCAUCCACCAAGCGGGGGUCUACCACCCCAACGUCAAGGUGGUGUCCAACUUCAUGGACUUCGACGAGAAUGGUGAGCUGAGGGGCUUCAAGGGAGAGCUGAUCCAUGUGUUCAACAAGCACGAUGGUGCCCUGCGCAACACAGAGUACUUCAAACAGGUGAAGGACAACUGCAACAUCGUGCUGCUGGGAGACUCAUUAGGCGACCUCAACAUGGCUGAUGGCGUGCCCAAUGUGGAGAACAUCCUCAAGAUCGGCUUCCUCAACGACAAGGUGGAGGAUCGUUUGGAGAAAUAUCUGGACUCUUAUGACAUCGUCCUGGUAAAGGACGAGACUUUAGAUGUGCCCAAUUCCAUCCUACAGAAGAUUAUAUAACCCCCCCCCCCCCCCCCCCCCCCCCCCCCACACACUUCAUACUGACACACUUCCCCAAACCCAUGGGAAAUGAACCAACCUCUGGACUCCCAAGACAGAUGUUACUGGCCCCCCCGCCACUGACUCACAGCCUCUAGACAUACACUAGCUUUAUAUUCUCCUCUCAAUGAACUAUUUUAAAGUACACAGCCUCCGUCUUUGUCUGUCUGCAACCUUGUCGACGUCCUCCACUCCAUAACAAUAAUUUGCACGUUAUUGUUAUUCAUUAUAUAUUUUUUAAUUGUAAUGCUUGUAUCAGUUUGCAAAUCAUAAACCGAGCAUCCACACAAGAACACAGCAACGUCUUUUGAAACGGUCCUAGCAUGCAUUUCACCACAAUCACCUCAUUGCAUUCUGCAACAGUUUGGCUACAGGAAUCAAUGUAGGUCUGAAAAAAUAACUUGAACCUGUCUGGGUGAACAAUACUCAGACAUUGGUAUGAAUAUUAUCAGCAGUUUUAUGGAUGUAGUAAUGGAUUCUGUCUUGCAGAAGAAAAGCCAUGUAUACACCUCAUCAGUGUUCACAUGGGGACUUUGCUACCACAGCCACACUGCAAAGUAGCACAUUAUUUUAUAGGAGUACUAACACUGCACAUUUUCUGUGCCUUUUAAAUAGACUGCAUGGUUGUUAUAGAUACCCUAUGGUGCUUAUAUCAAUAAAUUAAACAAUUGUCAAUGAGGUGAGAUAAUAGUAGUAACUAGUGGUGCUAAUGUUUUUUAUAAGUUAUGGGUUACUACUGCUAGUGUAACUGACGUUACGAGCAAUAUAGUGUAAAAUAAGGUGCUACCAAACGUCAUUACACAGAGGAAAAGUAGCCUACUCUAUAGGCAGUAUAUUACAAGAGAACACCACUGGGUAAAGCACCGUUGUCUGUGCAUCAGCGACGUUCAAUAAGACUAUUUUGUUUAACUUGGCCUUUUAUCCACACCCAUUGACCUAUUUUUAAUUUUGUUCAAAUUUUAACUCUACCUCAAGCUUGGAAAUGUUUCCUACCCCCUCCCCCCCCCCUUAAAUUUCUCAGUUUUGUCUUGCACAUGUUCGAUGUUUAUUUUAAGUCUUAGCAUUUUAAAUGUGCUGCUACUCCUGCACGUUGCCUUUUCUUAACUUUGAAUUUGACAGAGGGGGAGAGAAACUUGUCAAUAAAACUUGUCAAAUAA